CAACCGCCUGAGCUACAUGACGGGUUCUCUUUUCGCCGCCAUCGGUGAGGGAGUUCGUGGCUCGAAAUGUUGAGCCCCACCACCGUGCUCCGUUUCAGGCCCAAUUGGAACCCUAAUCCCGGCAGAGAUCCUCCACCGUACCUCCGAUUGGGUUCGAGGAUUUCGCCAGCCAUGGCGAGGGUUCCGAUUGUCCGAGCUGCUGCGGCUGCGCAUUCCACCAAGGAUGCUGCUACAGAAAUCUCUACGCCGCCUAUACAGUAUAUAUGGUUUUCAGCUUAUGGUGAAUGCGCUUCUUCUGGAAAUUGCUUGAAAUGCUUUCUCAUCCUUUUAGGACAUCUAUUUAUGCUCGUAAAUUGGCACAUUUGAAAUCGCAUUUUGACAUAUCUAUGUUCUGAAGUAUGUUGUGGUCAAUUGAAUCUUGCAUAUCAGAUUGUCUUAUGCAUUCUUUUCUACUGCUUCAGCAAGUCCCUUUUAAGAUAUCUGUACAUUCUGUUUUUCCCCUUUCCUUUUUAACAGUUGUCUGUAGCAGCUAUUCAUAUUUGCUUCUUGAUAACUACAGUGUGAUGAUUUUGUUGUAGUUGCUUCAUUUCAUCUAAUCAAACAGAGCUGACAAAUCUAUGUAACUAGCAGUUGUUUACAGGACCCUAUUUGUAUCUGAUUGUUGUAAUUUUUUUUCCCCUGAGAUAUCCACUGAACUAUCCCUUAUAAUUUUAAAUAUUUCUUGAUUCAAAUUAUAUUAUAUUUCAACAAAUUGCUGGAAUGUGCAUCAGAGAUAUUUACAUGCUUAUAUGAAUUAUAGGAUGGUCUUUGAUCUGAACAUAGCUAAAUUAUAAUUAUGGACUGACAAUCCCAUAUAUAAGUCCAGAAUUUGGAUAUCUGAUUUUUGUAACCACACAGUCAUGCACCAUUGUUCAACAUUUUCUGGUUAUACUUUGUUGUGUAUUCCGAACUAUGUGCAUUGUUAAUUGAAUUAUGCUACAGUGAAGUGUUGGCUUUGGCAAUCAGAGUAUCUGACUUGCAUUAUAUAAAAAAGUUCUUAGGCAGUGUUUUAGCCUUUGUCAUCAAUCAUCUUCGUCUUCAAAGUUUUUCAUGAACCAGGAAAAAAAAAAAUAGAUAUUUGAUUCCAGUUUUUGCCAGUUAGCUGUGAUAUACAAUCUUUAAUUUAAGGCCUUUUCAAAUCAGAAUUACAUUCCAAAAUUACACCGCCAUGGCUGGGCAAGGGCAGAGAAAGUUUCUUUGUGAAUAUCAAGAUCCUUGCUUGUGAUAGUUCCAUUUUACAUAUUGCCUGAAACUUAAGCCAUGGUGGUUAAUCAUAUUUUCUUAGUAUAGAUUGAUCUAUUUAACCUAGAGAAAAAAAAAAUGUGAAAGUUUCUCUUACAGGUUACUUCUUAAUAAAAUUAUGUUCCAAAUGUUGCUAAUUUGCAGAGAUCAUCAUCAGCACUCAUCAUUUCAAUUCCUUAAGAUAUGGUAUCACCAAACAUUUCAAUUUCUUAUGACAUGGUCCUCUAUUUUUAACCUUGAACAAGUUAUCCUCUCUAUCAUCAUGCAAGCAAUCAUCCGGGAAAUAAUUAGGAUGCUGAAGCAAAAUUUGAGGCUUGCUGAGUGGUUGUAAUAAAUCUCUCUUUCACCUGGCAAUGCAAGAAUAUUUUGUACUCCAGUAUGUUCUAUAUGUUCAUGAUUCCGGAAACAUAUUUCAUUAAACAUAAUGUACAGUCAUGUUUCUUGAACUCCUGAAGUGCAACAAGCUUGAAUGGUGAAUCUUUACAACACAACAGUUCAGCAUCACAAUUACCUCCUUCCAGAGCUGCUCGCUGGCCACUACACGAACAAAGGGUAGCUUCACACCAGCAUCUUCCAAUGAAUCUACCCAACCUUGGCCUUUAGAUGAAAAUUCUGUACUCCAUUUCAAAAGCACAAAAGCAGCAUGGUUGAUCGAAAUUGUGGAUUUCUGCAUUAUAUGACACAGUUACUUCGCUGAGGAUUCAAGCUUAUGCAAACAGUCUCGAUCCUUCACGCAUCAUAGUUGCUGCAUCCAUCUUCAUGAAUUCCGACCUGGCUUCAUGAACCCUAGGGAGUUUAUUUUGUUUUCUAAUUCUAUAAAACUUAAUUUUGUUACCAGCAAAAUAUAAUUCUUCAGUUCCCAGUCCUUUUUAUGGUUCCUUCUCACAUUAUUGGUUGAACUCUGUAUCUAUUUCUCAGCAAAUUUUCUGAGAGGAUGCUGCUGAUCAAAGCAAUCCCAGUAGAUACUGUGAACAUAAUGCCAGCGACCAUGAUGGCACAAGAUUGGACAAGGAACUUAUAGUAAUGUUUACAGAGCCCGUGAUCUUGAAACUGGCAAAAUUGUUGCACUAAAAAAAGUGCGAUUUUUUAAUAUGGAUCCUGAAAGCGUCCGAUUUAUGGCUAGGGAAAUUCAUAUUUUGCGUAAACUUGAUCACCCGAAUGUUAUAAAGCUUGAAGGUAUAGUUACAUCACGGAUGUCUUGCAACUUGUACCUUGUGUUUGAGUACCUGGAGCAUGAUCUUGCUGGACUUGCAGCAAGGCCUGGUAUCAAGUUCAGUGAACCACAGAUUAAGUGUUAUAUGAGACAACUACUCGAAGGCCUUGCCCACUGCCAUAGUCAUUGGAUUCUGCAUCGAGAUAUCAAGGGUUCAAAUCUAUUAAUUGAUGAUAAUGGGAUACUCAGAAUAGCAGAUUUUGGCCUUGCAACAUUCUUCCGUCCUGACCAGAAACAGCAGUUAACAAGUCGUGUGGUAACCUUGUGGUAUAGGCCUCCUGAGCUUUUGCUUGGUGCCACAGAGUAUGGUGCUGCUGUUGAUUUGUGGAGCACUGGUUGCAUCCUUGCAGAACUACUUGCUGGGAAACCAAUUAUGCCUGGAAGAACCGAGGUGGAACAGCUGCACAAGAUUUUCAAGCUCUGUGGUUCCCCAUCAGAUGAGUACUGGAGGAAGUCCAAGCUGCCACAUGCAACCGUUUUCAAACCUCAGCAUCAAUAUAGGCGUUGUGUUGCUGAGACCUUUAAGGAUUUUCCACCUUCAGCUUUAUCGCUUUUGGAUUCUCUACUUUCUAUAGAGCCAGCCAAAAGGGGAACUGCCAUCUCAGCCCUCGGGAGUGAGUUCUUCUUAACAAAGCCAUUUGCCUGUGACCCUUCAAUUUUGCCUAAAUAUCCGCCGAGCAAGGAGUAUGACGCUAAGCUUGCAGCUGAGGCGAGGCAAAGAGCAGAAGUUGUCCAUGGACGUGGAUCUGAAUGUGUCAGGUUGGGAAGAAGAGAGUCCAAAGGAAUGCCAGUGCUGGAUGACAAUGUGGAACAGAAGAAGUGGCGUGCACAGGCAAAUCCCAAAAGCAUCAGUGAAAAGUAUGAUCUGCAAGAUGACAGUGUGUCUGGGUUCCCGAUCGAACCUCCUGGAGGAACAUCACAAAAUGGAUUCUUCCAAUCGGGUGUACACCCUAACGCAUUUGGAUCCUCGCGGUCUAAGAAAGUGUAUUAUGAAGAGCUCCGGCCAGUUCCCAGCCGUACAUACAGUUCGUUGAGGGUGCCAAAUGACCCUCAGUUGAAGACACAGAGGUCAUACAGGCCUCAGUCAGGGGUUGCGGACUUUGCUGACAUCUCAGGUUCAUUUGCAGCAAGAAGCACUGCAACCUCCACAUACAAUCGUCUUGAUGUGGCUAAGCCCUCGGAAAAGCAUGCUCUUGAUAGGCCUUCCUCGUCCCAAAAGAAAGAUGGAACAAUUGGAAGAAAGGAUUCGACAUCCGGUUAUGGCACAAGAAUUAAACGGAUACAUUACUCGGGUCCAUUGAUGCCCCCAGGGGGAAACAUUGAAGACAUGUUCAAAGAACAUGAGAGGCAGAUUCAAGAGGCGGUCCGCAAAGCACGCCUCGAUAAAGUCAAGAACAAGAAGUAAUUUUGAGGCAGAUCCAAGACAUGCACCUUCACGAUACAAGUGACAAUGUUGUAGAUUUAGGUAAUGUUUUUUAUGUUGUACAUGAAACAAAAGUAUUUUGGUUAAUCAGGGUAGCUUUCAAACGCAUAAGUGAGGAAGAUGAUGUGAAACAUUACUUUGUGGCACAUCCCAAGUGAUCAAUUGAUUGCAAUGUUCUUAUGAUUAUUAGA